UACCCUGCGUGUGCCCCUCACUAGUGUUAUGUUAGUGGAGGAGGCUGUCAGGGUGACAGACAGAACCCACCGCCCGCCCUGUCCAGCAGAUAAGAGGCGACUUAUCGGCCGUGGCUGCCCGCUCUCAUUGGCAGAGCCGUGCCCGCUGCACGAGCAGGGACCUGAGCGAGGUGUGGGGAAUUGUCAAGAUGGCAGCAGCGGGAGCAGGGAGGUGAUGUGCAGAUGCCAGGGCUGCACAUGGACGGAUGUGUACAGUAGUGAGGAGGGCUUAUGCGGCCGUGUGCAUGUGACAGCGGGGAUUCAUACGUGCGUACACCCCGGGACAAAGAGUGCUGGGCGACAUGGAGCCUGUCUACCUGCACCACUAGGCGCUGCCCUGUGAGCCAAAGCUGACUUCUCCACUGCUUUCACCUACACAGACGUUGGCAUUUCUUGUGUUUUCUGGCAACUUCGCCAGCAUGGCAGACGCUCUGCCACCCGCCUCCCCGGAGGGGGACGUGGAUAUAGACUCGGACUUCGAGCCGCAGAGCCGGCCGCGCUCCUGCACUUGGCCCCUGCAGCGCCCCGACUCUCAGGCCAGCCCGGCGAAGCCUGGCAUCCCCGGGGAGGCUGGGGACUCGUCGUCCAUGAUCCCGGAGGAAGACGACGACGACGACGAGGAGGUGUCCGCGGCUUCGGCAGGGGCGGCCGGGGACUCGGCGGAGAGAGGCACGCUGCUGCUGGUGAGCGGCGGGGAUGUGGCGGCGAUGACGGUGCUGGCCGCUCCGGUCGGCGGAGUGGAGACCGUGCAGACGGCGCUGUGGGCUGCAGGCAGCGCUGUCAGCGGGGCGGCCGGCCAGCAGAGGAAGUGCUCGUCCCGCAGGAAUGCCUGGGGGAAUAUGUCCUAUGCAGACCUCAUCACCAGGGCCAUCGAGAGCUCCCCGGACAAGAGGCUCACCCUGUCCCAGAUCUACGACUGGAUGGUCCGCUCCGUACCCUAUUUCAAGGACAAGGGGGACAGCAACAGCUCCGCCGGCUGGAAGAAUUCAAUACGGCAUAAUUUGUCUCUGCACAGCAGAUUUAUUCGAGUUCAGAAUGAGGGCACUGGAAAAAGUUCUUGGUGGAUGAUCAACCCAGAAGGAGGAAAAGGUGGAAAGGCACCAAGACGGCGAGCUGUGUCUAUGGACAACAGUAACAAAUACACUAAGAGCCGGGGAAGAGCAGCAAAGAAAAAAGCAUCCAUGCAGGUGGCCCAGGACACUACCGAUGAUAGCCCUUCACAGCUUAAAUGGCCAGGAAGCCCUACAUCACGCAGCAGUGAUGAAUUGGACACCUGGACAGAUUUCCGGUCUCGUACAAACUCUAACGCCAGCACGAUAAGUGGUCGUUUAUCUCCAAUCCCAGCUACCACUGAACUUGAUGAUGUUCAAGAUGAUGACUGUCCUAUAUCCCCUAUGUUGUAUAGCCCGGGUAGUUUGUCUCCAUCUCUGAGUAAACCACCCACAGUGGAGCUGCCAAGGAUAACAGAUAUGGCUGGAACCAUGAACUUAAAUGAUGGCCUAACAGAAAACCUUAUGGAUGAUUUGCUGGAUGACAUUUCCCUUACUUCUCAGCAGUCAUCUCCUGGUGUAGGCAUGCAGAGAAGCUCCAGCUUUACCUUUGGCACUAAGAGCUCAAGCCUCAGCUCUCCAUCCAGUAGCUUCAAUAACACAAGUAGCUUCAAUUUUCCUUUGACCUCUCUACGCCAGUCCCCAAUGCAAACCAUACAAGAGAACAAACAAGCAACGUUUUCGUCCAUAAAUCAUUACAGUAAUCAGUCUCUACAGGACCUCCUUACCACUGACUCACUUAGCCAUAGUGAUGUAUUAAUGACUCAAUCUGACCCACUUAUGUCCCAAGCCAGUACUGCAGUCACUGCUCAGAAUUCCCGUAGAAAUAUAAUUUUGAGGAAUGACCCAAUGAUGUCUUUUGCCGCACCGUCCAACCAAGGUGGAGGUCUGGUUAAUCAAAACUUGCUUCCCCACCAGCAGCAGUCCCAUAGCUCAUUUCUAAGUGGCAGCCGUGCCUUGUCAAACAGCAUAAAUAUUAUUGGUUUAAAUGACAGCAACAAUUUGGACUCAUCUAAGCACCAGCAGCAGUCCGCAGUCACUAAUUCUAUGCAAGCCCUCUCAGAUACGCUCUCAGGGUCCUUGUACUCCACAGGCAUGAACCUUCCAGUGCAUGAAAAGUUCCCAACUGACUUAGACCUGGAAAUAUUCAAUGGGAGCUUGGAAUGUGAUAUGGAAACUAUCAUUCGAAAUGAUCUCAUGGAUGCAGAUGGGCUGGAUUUUAACUUUGACUCCCUCAUCUCUGCACAGAAUGUCAGCCUAAGUGUGGGAAACUUCACAGGUGCUAAGCAGACCUCUUCACAAAGUUGGGUACCAGGUUGAUGAAAGUGAUUGAAAAAUGACCUUGCCAGGGCCAGGAACUGAUAAGAGACCCUAAAAACGAAAACCUUUGCCAAAACUGCUGUCAGCAAGCGGACAGUGAUACUGUUUACAGCUUAUGACCUUUUCAUGAAUCCUGCACCAGUUUCCUAACCUUGCUAUGACUGUUAGCAGAAAUCCUUCACACUUAAGUAAAGUUCCUUCCAGGAUAAUCCGUGCACCUCCCCUCCCCCUUUCAUUGUUGAAGUAUGCAAAAAUGUCUUCACAAGAUGAGAACAUGGAUGGAAGAAUGCAAUCUUCUUGUGGGCACUGUCUCGUUAUGCAGUGGUGUUUGUCCACAGCUUCAUAGCUGGCAUAGCUGCCAUGCAUCACAUCCCCCACCAGCUGUAGACCUCUGAAUCAUGCUCUUCAUUUCUAGGGGAGGAUCGCAUAGUUACAGUCCUUUCACCAUGUUUUCCUUUUCUUAGAUUUUUUUUUUUCCCCUCUCUUAUUUUCCUAGCAGUCUGUACAAGAAUUAUUCGGAUAAUAUUCAUGUAAGCUAACAGUCAAGCCACUGCCUCUCCGUUAUGCCAAAUAGGCAGAAUUUUCCAUGGAAGACGCUAUACUUUAAUACUCUCAUUUCCAUUCGGAACUUUUUUUUUCUUUUUUUCCUUUUUCGAUGAUGCAAUUCAGGGAUAAAUAUGUUGCUGAUAUGGUACUACUUCCUGUCACCCAAAACCAAUUGUAUACUGCUGUAUUUUAUGAAUAUAUCCAGAACAGUGUCAUUUAUACCGUUUGUUCUUGACUCAUGUGUUUAGUUUUGUUUUGAAGCUUUUUCUCACCAAAUGACCAGAAAGGGUUUAAACCCAGGAUAUCUAGUAGACAUAGCAGUCUAUUGGCAAUGCUGUGUAUGUAUGUGUACCAGAACAACCACUGUACACGGGUGUUUGUACCAGGCAUUGCACUAUAUGGGUCUUCCGUCUCUUGGCUUUGAAUAGUAUAUUCUGCUUUCGGAAACCCCUCAUAGAAGAAUCAGAUAAUAUCCCACAUGUACUGUGUAGUAGAAGAGGGAUUUCAGGUUACAUUAUUAUCUGGAAAGCACAGUGGUGCUGAAAAAGCCCUUCCAUAUUAUCCCUCAACAUGUCGGAUCUUUUAUUUUUGUAUUAUUUUCUUAGAUUUGAAGGUUUUUUUGGUUACUUUUUUUGUGGGGAGCAUAUUGUGAAUGAACAUCAAUGGUACAUUAUUGCAACUUGAUAUAUAAAGUACAGAGGCAACUGAUCUAUCGAUAUCUAUUCAUUCUGUACUUGAUUGAUAUAUGAAGACUUUUUCCUUUGCAUUAUGGCAUUAUAAAUAUAAAUAUAUGAAUCUAUUUUGUAAUGUACAGAGAUUAAUCAUUAUGCAUGAGUGUUAGGAAGCAGAAGCAAACUAGCUUUUUUUUCCCACAGAAAGGUAAUGCGCAUGCGUCCCUAUGGCGUGGCCAAUAUAACAUUAGAACCAUUAACUAAUUUAGCCCACUACUGAAUUUCUAAAAUGUGUUAUCAUACCUGGAAAUUAUUACAUUUUUUUUUUGUUUUGUUUUUAUUAAAAUUGUGUGGUGGGAAUAUUUGUACUGUAAUAUUUGUGGUCCUUUGAUUUAAUUUUUUGUACCACUUGUUGUCAGUCAUUGCAACGAUGCAUGUGGUUGAAAGUAGCACUCUUGACCAUGUUUGCCCGAUGCACCUGCGCUUGUACUAUAAAUGUAACGUACGUUAACCCGUCCUCACAGAUUACUAGUACUGGGCACUACCCGGUGCUCAUAGUUCACUAUGUGUCGGCAAAGGUGGCUGAUUUCCCACUGCAUAAUAUAUACAUUCUAGGCCCUGGAACUAGACGUAGAAGAAUCUGUGACUGGCAGUGGCUUUGUUUACAAUGUAUUCACCCUUAUGUUCUUGUCCUUCCAUAGAGCAUAGCAUCAUCACCUAACUGUGAAUAUGGAUAUAACGUAUAUCUAACAGUGUAUCUACUGUAUUUACUCAACACAGUGAUUUCCUUCAUUUUUUGACCAUCUCUUAUGGUCUUCAGUAUGUCUUCUGUCAGAUACAUAUAUCCAGUCUUCUGCUUCAUACAAAAGCCUUAUUGUGGACACAGGAAAAUACUUUGAAAGGGUGGUAUAUCCAGAGGAUUGCUUAGGCAUGUCAAGUAGAUAGCAGGCGACUCAUAUAUCAGUAGCCAUUUUACCCUAUAAGUAUCGCUUGAGAGCUUUUCUAGGUUCUUGUUUGAAUAAACAGGGUGCUCAUUUGUUCACUAAAACAAGGUGCUUGGAUCCAUUUCUACGGGACAUUGGUAGAAGUCUAAUAUCCUGGACCUUCUACUACUGUGACCUUCUGACAUGUGUAAAUGGACUUGUAAUAGUAUAAUUUAAUCUUCAUUUUUUUGUCUCUCCUAUUCAAGGAGACCUAUCAGAGGUAAAAAAAAAAAAAAAAAAAAAAAAAAAAGAAAGAAAGCCAUUUAAUGUACAUUAAGAUGUGAAAACUGUUUCUUACAUCUUGACUGGAAUAUUAUUUGAAGUUACCGGCCCAACGCCCGAGACUGCACUAUUGAGGGAUACUAAUAACAACAUAUUCGGUGUGUUCUUAUCAUAGAAACUUUAAAUGGAUUCGAAACACACGGCUGGCCUUACAUAUUGGUUUAUUAGGUGAUUUGAAUCCACUCUAGGUCUCCUGACAAUUCCGAAAAUGACAUGUCAUUAGAAUCUCUCAGCAGUUCAGGCUUUGGGCCUUUAACAUUCAUGUCAGCAUAGGAGAUGGUGGAAAAAAUAUACAUUUUUAUGAACUCUAAAGCACGUUUAUACAUGUUCCUUGUGGUAGAUGCCCUCAAGCUCUUAUAUUCAUCUGUGGUACCAUAGAAAUGUUUUAAUGAUUUUAUUAAUGAAACCUCCCAUGUGUUUUCUGCAUUUAAAUGUGUCAUAUGAAAGCCUCAAGAACCAGAGAACCAACCGAUAUUCAUCCUUCAACGAGCUAUGUAGUACCCAAGUAGGAGACAUGUACACGUGUUAUAACAAGGGCAAGGGAUCAAAUACACAUGCUAAUAAAUCUUCCAUAGAAACCACUUGUUCCAUCAGAAGGAGAGUACAUUUUGCAUAGUUAAGUUUGUGUUCCUUUGUCAUGGCACCCUUGAAUCAUGCAUUUUGAUGAAGGUGAAUAUAUUGCUGCUCUCAAAGGACUUCAUAUCAAAACUGCCUAUAGCAACCAAUACAAGUUCAUCAUUCAUUGUUCUUGUGCUGUUCAGAAAAUAAAAGUCAUUGAGGAUGUUCUGAA